AUGGCCGUUGUAUUCGUUACUGUUGGCACGACUUCAUUUGAUGGGCUGAUUAAUGAGGUCAAUAAAGUCGAAUUCCAUAAAGGUCUUUCAAGAUUGGGAUAUAAAGAUCUGAUCAUACAAUAUGGAAGUGGAUCUAUCACACCCCGUAUUCCGGAAGACAUUUGUGCCGAAAAUACUGAACAUUUGUCUACAACUCCCUUCUUACGCAUGAAAUCCUUUCGAUACAAAGAUUCCCUUGUUGAUGAGUUUAAAAGUGCAUCAUUAGUUAUUAGUCAUGGCGGUGCAGGCACUUGUAUCCAGGCUCUUACUCCAUUUGGAAGUCGCCGACUAAUUGUCGUUGUAAAUGAAACGUUGAUGGAUAAUCAUCAGGAGGAACUUGCACUUGCUCUCUUGCACGGAAAACAUGCUCUCGUUUGUACUCCUGCAUCACUUAACCAUUUGAUAUGGACAGGUGAUGAGUCCACUUAUUCUUCUCAGUUUUUAUGCAAUAAGGAUAUGCCGUUGGCUGAAAUUAAGAGGUUAUUGGGUCCUGAAAUUCCACCAGAGCAAGCUGGCUUUGUUGGAUUUACUCGUGGUUCUCCAGAAAAACUGUUGCCAUACAUUGAAGAACGCUUAUCGACUUUUUCCUGA